ACAGCAAGCGUGCCUUACCUCCGCUGCGACUGUACACCGAUAAGACUUUUUCUCUUUGGCAGUCUAGAGCUUCUCGAGAACCUCCGGCCUGCACAAGAUAUUCGAUGAUCUCCACGUCUGACAGGUGCCUGGAACUCCCACGGGCUUGAGAGAGGGAGACCAAUGCAGGAGGCUAGAAAGCCUUGAUCUGGGUCUGGAGAUUCAGGAGUACACAAGAAUGUCUGCAAGGUCGCGGCGGACGCGGUCCUCAACGGCGGCAUCCGGUCCUCCUGAAAGCACACAAGCUACCGCAGAGCUACAGCUUCUCCUAGACAACCUCACGACUACCCUGCAAAAGCCCAUGGGCAACUCCUAUCCCGACCUGGGCAUACUUGCAGACCAGUGCCAGUCUAUCCGGCAGUACCUCAUUGCUGCUUCGGAGGGAUCCAAAGCCAAUGACAACUUCCGCCAUCUUCACGGCUUUCAAACUCUUUUAGACACUCUGCGCACCUUCUCUGGCUUUUACCACCCUACGAAACGAAGUCAAAAGGAUAAAUUACAGCUGUUUGGGUUGUUGGAGGCAAUACUAGGAAUAUUGGCACAGACAUUCAGGGAACAUUAUGGAAAUCGACGAUACUUCAAGCGUAGAGUCGAAGGCGGAGGCUGGGCAGCUCUAGAGCAGACGAUAGCCAGCAUCGGGAUUGGCGGAAGCGAAUCCGACGCAUGGAGUGAAGCUCAGCUCUUUGGGCGACUUCUAUCCUUUGCUCUUGAUGACAAGAGACUACAAGACCUGUGUCUCAAGGUUGUGGAAGGACAUCUGCCCCUGAGCAAAAAUUCUCCCAGCCUGGCUCCAUCCAAAAAUGAUCAGACCUCAGUUGGUACAGCAGACAAAGAUGUUGAUGCUAAGGACAAGGAGAUUCUAGCAUUCAUCGAGACCAGGCUUCAAGAAAUCCUCCAGGAAAGUGCUUUGAUACACAAUGCAGAUAUCAUACCCACAAUCAUCGACUUCUGGAGAACAAUGCCUAGACAGCCGGAUACUCCAAUCAAUCCAGCUGCCCUGGUUGUCAUUCUCACUUUGACGAAGAUCUCGUCCAUAUCCGUUCAUAAUCUCAUGGCUCUGCAUGCUACUGGUGUACUUUCGACACUUCUUUCCCUUGCUUUCGACUCUGAUUCUCCACUUGGCACUUCUGAAAGAGCGUCUGUGGAAGUCCUCUGUGAAAUGUUGAUUUCAGUUGGGGUUAAUACAUUACAUGAUGCCCAAUCUCUCAUUUGUAACAAAUCACCUGCAGCAGCUGAAUUCCUCUUACGAGCAAUUAAGUCUUCUCACUCCCCUGCGUACAUACAAUUCGACCUGUCUUUGCAUGGUUAUGCUUCUGUAGAACUUCCCACUUUGGGACGGACAUUUCCACCACCAUCGACUGCUGCUGGAUAUUCGUUUACAGCAUGGAUCUACAUCGAUCAAUUUGAUCCUAAUUGUCACACCACUAUCUUCGGAGCCUUUGAUGAUUCUCAGAGUUGCUUCGUCCUAGGAUACCUUGAACAGGACUCACACUGUUUCAUCCUCCAAACUUCUAUGUCUUCGUCCAGACCAAGUGUUCGUUUCAAAUCUAUGGUUUUUAAAGAGCACCAAUGGUACCAUAUCGCAAUCGUUCAUCGAAGACCAAAGACAAUGAGUUCAAGCAGAGCGAUAUUGUACGUGGACGGAGAAUUUGUUGAGCAGACGACGAAAUGUCCGUAUCCGUCGCCUCCAGCACUUUCGGCUGCGAGUACGGAUAGCUUUACAUCUUUCGCCUCAUCAUCAUCAAGCAAAACGAAUCCGGUACAGGCUUUCCUAGGCACACCCCAUGAUUUGUCGUCAAAGUUAGGCCCUCGAGUUCUUUUCUCGCGUUGGUCAUUGGCAUCUGCUCAUCUGUUCGAAGAUGCCCUGAGUGACGAUUUAAUCGCCGUACAUUUUCGACUUGGACCUCGCUACAAUGGUAACUUCCAGGACGGACUUGGAGGGUUCCAAACAUACGAAGCUUCGGCGGCGCUAAGUAUGCGCAACGAAUUGCUACACCCCGGCAAAGACGAAACUUCAGAGAUUCUCACUGCUAUUCGACAAAGAGCAAGUACGGUCAUGCCGGAAAGUCGGAUCAUACUAAGCAUCUUGCCGACAGCUGUGCUUAGAGACGAUGACCGGUACAACGGACAUGAAUCACAGCUUCUGCGUGGCUUGAAUCAAAUAGCAGCGAGCCAUCUCUAUCAAUUGACCCACAACAAUGGAACAUCUCUAGCCGUUAAUGCGUCUAUUCCAUCCAUCAAUGACGCUUUAUCUCGGACCCAUGGUACUACUGUUCUCACUGGCGAUCCUGUCGUCGUUGUACCACAAUCAUUAGAUGACAUAAUGUGGCGACUCGGGGGUUUCACUGGCAUAUCUUUGAAGUUGGUUGAGGAUGCAAACACCAAAGAUGAUAUCGUUCGAGCUGUUGAAAUCUUGUUCGAAAGCAUCAAGGGCAGCUGGCGAAAUAGCGAGGCCAUGGAGAAAGAACAAGGGUACUCUAUCCUAGGUGCUCUUCUUCGUGGCAAAAUUGGUGCUGGAGUCGUUGUCGCCUCCAAGUCAGGUCCUGAACCUACGUUGAUGACUAGCGAAGAUCGCGACCAGCUUGGUUUCCAGCUUCUCAGUCUUGUCUUAGACUUCGUUGGUUACAAUCAUGAGAAGCCAGAGGAUUCGUAUAUCAUCAAUCCAUUAGCCUACCGAAUCCUUCUGAUAGACUUCGACAUGUGGCGUAAGACUGCAUUGAUCACUCAAAAAUUGUAUUACAGGCAAUUCAUCGUGUUUGGUGUCAAAAGCAAAUCCCAUCAAUUCAACUCGUUGAGGCUGCAUCGAAUGCGGAUCGUCAAGAGGUUCUUAGAUGCUCUCAAAGCAGAGGUCUUCACUCACGAUGUAUUUCCUUCUUUCAUGGAAGCGCUGCUCUGCUUAGUCAAAUGCAAUAUGACCUCCGAGGUUUUCCGUUCACUGGCUUUGUUCGUUACCUAUGCAUAUCACAAGCCCACUAGUUCUUCCGCUUCCAGGACACCCAAAGGAUUAGCUGGAACCCUUCCAGUAAGAUCUAGGACGAACCAGGAAGCUCCUCGCCGGCCAGCGCUAAACACAAUGACCAUGAUGGACUCCCAAGAUAUCGUGUCGACUACCCUUACCAGAAGACAGCUCGGCAACAAGGUUCUAGAAAUGUACGCAGACCUUUUAUGCGAGAAAGGCAAUACCACCCACAUUCGAAAGUUUGCGAGAACUGUAACAAAUAAGUGGUUACUCCAUCUCUUGACAGAAGAUGACCCGGAGGUGAUCGUGCAUGGAACAAAAAUAUUGGCCCGUCUGCUCGUGGUACAUGGCCCAGCCUAUGUGUCAAAGUUCUCCAACAGCAAGACAGGCGGCUUUGCCAUCUUGCGAUACCGGUUGAAAAGAUGGUGGGACAUUCCAACAUUAUGGCCAAUCUGCUUUUCCAUACUAUUCAGCUACGAUGUCGCCGACAUCGAUUUCGAACGCUCUUUCGAGCUUUUCAGCCUUCUGGAGAAUUUCAAUAAUAGCAUAGUCGUCUAUCCCAAUGCCUUGCCAGUCAUUACUGGGAUGCUUCAGCACGGAUUGAAGGAUGUCCUUAUCCAUCAAGAUGAUCCAGAUUCUCCUCUUGCGGAGAAAGGUAAUGGAAAUGCUUCCAAAGCCGGGUUAACUGUACCAGCCGCUACCAAUCGACGGAGAUCCAUGUCUCUGACCAAAGAAUUGGAAUCACGUCAAACGCAUCAACCUAGGAGUCAGCGCCUAGGAGGGCAAGCAACAGUCCUGCACACAGUCAUUCGAUUCUUUGCCGACUUACACUCAAAAUCUGUCGAGUUCCGCGAUUUUGCAGUCACGUCCGACUACAUCCGCCUCUUGUUGGUAGUGCUUUUCCCCGCUAUUGUUAGCACCGAUGCUGUCAGUGCUGAGACAGAACUCAACUCUCGAGAUUCAGCCUUGACUUUUGAAGGGGACGAUGUCAUCAUCCGACCGAUCUCACGCGCAACGACAACACCGGCUCCCAUUGUCAGAACCUCAACAGUGGAGACAAUGCUUCCUCCAAGUCCUACUGCACCUAGAGCUACGCCUUUAAGACGAGGGUCGUCGUUCAUUCUCCUAACUUCUCGCCCAUCCGAGUUCAGUCCUUCUUCUGCUCGACUGAAUCUUGUCAUGUCACCAAAGAAGAAAUUAACUCAACAGAAGGUGAGCAAUUCAUUAGUUGAAGGAUUGCUUGAACUUGUUGUCAUCGUGUUCGUAGACCAAGUGAUGGUUCGGAAAGAGUUUCCUGGCUUCGGUCUAUUCCAAAAAGUCCCACCAGGAUUCCAAGAACAUCAAGCAUAUUUCGAAUCAUACUUAUUGCGCAACACAAUUUCGCAACUCGGGAAUACCAUUCAACUCGACCAGAAGUCGUUAUGGGAGCCUAAACUUCUUCAGAAUAUGGCGCGCUUUGUUCUACAUAUAGGCGAAUGCAUCUUUGAAGGCUGGUUCUUAAGUGGCGCAGAGCCUUUGUUAGACUUUGCGGGAACACUGCUUGAGUAUCUACAACGCCCAGAGAUCUCCAAGAUCAAGAGCGUACGGUUGUGUAGUCAAGCUAUUCUGACUAUCAAGAGUGUCUUCCUUCGAGUCGUUCUUCUUCGCCUAUCAGAGUUGGACAGCGCCCAAGUCCCGGAGGAUGAAGCACUGGCUUUUAUGGACAAACUCUUGUAUUGGCAGACGGUGGUCUUGUCCUCUGAUGUCAGUGAAGAGAACUUCUUGAAGUUGAUCUGCUAUCAGCUGUAUCUGAAGCUUGUUGAUUCGAGGGAGAAGAUUCGUCUUGCUGCAGCAAAUCUCUGGCGAAUCAUGCUUGUCCAGAAACCCGAUGAGACGUCGUCCAUGUUCCAGAAUGCUAUGACCAGCGAACACCGAAGCUUGGCUUCUGGCUUUAAGAAGCUCAUGGAACUCGACAACGAGACGUUUGUUGAGUGGGUCGACGAUCAACGCGCGGAGCUCGAUUCUCUGUUCUUUGGAGUCAUGUCAAAAUCUUGGGAUGACUUUGUCACUGCAGAAAACGAAAAGACCGAGGAGACAGCCAAAACUCGCGUCGCGAAGAGACGCGAGAAGCUUCGUCAAUGGCAUUCCGAGGACCUGAAUGAACAAGACAUUCUUUUCCGCCACGAUCUUGCAUCAAGCAUGUGGAUGAAGAAUAUUUACGCGUCAGAACACCUCAAGCAUCAAAGAGCCCAGCAAGACCAGCAAGACAAUUUCAGCUUCCUCGCGGCUACUUUCUCGAAGAUGGAUCGCGAACUCCAUAGACCAUGUGCAAUCUUUGAAGCGGAUUCUCCGAUCAAAUGGAAGCUUGACAGAACAGAAGGACGAAACCGUAUGCGCCUGCGAAUGUUACCAGAUCGCGCGCCCCCGAGUUAUGAUUAUCAGCCCAAACGCAGAAUCACGGAUGCGGCUGCCACGCCGACUGCUACUAAUGGUACACUCAAGCUCAAUACAAAGCUGGCUACCCUCACAGCUAACCCCCAGACCGCCACACCAUCAGCGAUGACGCCCAAUGAUCUAUUACCUGAUUCACAAAACGAUGGUUCCAACGAUGCUUUAGUCGAUGGGCCAGAUGCUGCGGCACAGGGGAGCGUCAUGCCCGAGGAAGACUUUGAGCUCGUUGAUGAUCCGAACGAUCCCGGUGAUGGCGACGAUGGAUAUGAAGACAAGAAUCGAAAAGUCAUGCGCAGUCUACGGAUUGGGGACCAAGUCCAAAAUGUUUUCAAUAUCUCUCGAAUCAUUGGUCUUGAAGCCUGUGAGGGAUUGCUGAUCAUUGGCAAAAACUGUUUAUAUCUCAUCGACAACGUGUUCCAGAGGUCAGAUGGAGAGAUUGUCAAUGUCUCGCAGGCUCCAAAAGAAGAACGGGAUCCGUACUUGCAGAUGAUCGCUGGUCAGAAGACGACUGACAAACGCUCGCAAGCUGUCCGUGCGGAGCAGGAAGCUCGAAGUUGGAAGUGGAGCGACGUGAUCAGUGUCUCGAAACGACGUUUCCUAUUCCGAGAUGUGGCUGUCGAAGUCUUCUUCACUGAUGGGCGGAGUUACUUGCUCACAGCCAUUUCACAUACCCUGAGAGACGACCUGUACUCGAAACUCACUUCAAAAGCUCCACACACGACUGGAAACACAAAUCUCCCAAAUCCAGAAGAUGGCUGGCGAGUUGAGGCGCUGAAAGUUUCAGAGGAAACUCCAACUACCUUCGGAUCAAAGUUUGGUAGCAUCUUCAACUCUUCUGCAUGGAACCCCGCCAUGAGGCGAUGGGCCAAGGGUGAAAUCUCAAACUUCCACUAUCUGAUGCUAGUCAAUACAAUGGCUGGACGAACAUUCAACGACCUCACGCAGUACCCAGUCUUCCCAUGGAUUUUGGCAGAUUAUACGAGCGAGGAGCUAGAUCUCGACAACCCUGCUACAUACAGAGACUUGUCUAAACCCAUGGGCGCACAGCACAAUUCUCGUGCUGCGGACUUCAUCGAACGAUACAAGACAUUUGCAGAGAUGGAUCAGAAUUCUCCACCGUUCCACUACGGCACGCAUUACUCAUCAGCCAUGAUCGUGACUUCCUAUCUGAUCAGACUUCAGCCUUUCGUACAGUCAUAUCUCCUGCUCCAAGGCGGCAACUUUGAUCAUCCCGACAGACUGUUCUAUUCAAUCGAGAAAGCUUGGCAAUCUGCAUCGAAGGACAAUAUGAGUGAUGUUCGAGAAUUGAUUCCGGAAUUCUUCUAUCUUCCAGAGUUCCUCACGAACAGCAAUGGAUACAAUUUCGGGAUGAGGCAAGGCAAUGGUGGUGGCAUCGACACCGUCCAGCUUCCACCUUGGGCGAAAGGAGAUCCGAAGAUCUUCAUUGCCAAGCAUCGGGAAGCUCUAGAGAGCCCAUAUGUCAGCAAGUACUUACAUCAGUGGAUCGAUCUCGUGUUUGGAUGCAAGCAGAGAGGAGAGGCUGCCAUUGAAAGCGUCAACGUCUUCCACCAUCUCUCGUAUCAUGGCGCUAAGGACCUCGAUAACAUAGUGGAUCCCGUUGAGCGUCUUGCAACAAUUGGCAUCAUCCACAACUUCGGCCAAACACCGCAUCAAGUCUUCUCCAAGCCUCAUCAAGCUCGCGAAGACGUCCGCAAUCGCAUCCGUCGUCUCGACACCUCCGUUGAAACACUAACUCGUCUCCCAGUUCCUCUUCUUGAGUCUCAUGAUAAAGUGGCCACACUUACCUACUCUCCAAAACUCGAUCGCCUGCUCUGCGCCACUGCCUUCCGACUCAACCUGCCUCCGCACUACGACAAGUACCUUGAAUGGGGGUUUGCAGACAACAGCGUCCGUUUCUAUUUCAACGACAACAAGAAAUUAGCUGGACUCUGCGAGAAUCUCCACCAGGGCCAAAUUUCAGCCGCACUCUUCGCUUCAUCCCAACUCCUCAUCACUGCAGGCGAGGAUUGCGUCGUCUCUGCUCAUACUGUCAUCACAUCUCCCUCCAAGCCCGUAGAACUGCAACCACGCUCCUCCCUCUUCGGCCACAAAACACCAGUCAACGUCCUCACCGUCUCCAAAUCCUUCUCAACCCUCCUCUCCGCCUCCGUCGAUGGCAUAGUCAUUCUCUGGGACCUCAAUCGCCUCGAAUUCGUCCGCAAGCUCACCCACGGCCGCGGCGCCAUCGAAUGCGCACGCAUCAACGAUGUAAACGGCGACAUCAUGCUCUGUCGCGGCCAAAAAGUCACUCUCUACACCCUGAACGGCGAAUUCAUCCUCGAGCAAAACGUCUGUGAUCCUCACCAUCACGAAGACUACAUUGCGAGUUGUGCGUGGUACGAAGGCGUUGGGAAUGAAUGGCUUGAGAACAACCUCUUGUUCACGGGCCAGAGAAAUGGAAUUGUGAAUUGUUGGCGCAAAGCAGUGGUGAGGGGAAAUGGUGGCGGGAAUCAGAAGUGGAAAUUAGAGUUGGUGAAGAGGUUGGAGCAUGUUGACAGACCCGGGGGUGAGACGGCAGUGGGGAGUCUGAGUGUGCCGAAGGGGAGGGCGAGGGCCAGGAGUAGGAGUCGGAGUGGAAAUGGAGGCGGGGAGGCGGCUAUCACGUGUGUGGCGCCGAUGGCGCAGUGUGUUUAUACUGGGGAUGAGGAUGGGAGGGUUUAUGAAUGGACGCUUGUCCAGCGCGAACGUUGAUGGGGGGAGUUCGGGGGGAUGAAAUAGGACGGGGUGUUUAUAGAUGGAUAGGGCGAUAUAUAGAGGGAGGUAUAUGAAGAUGAACGAACGAAUGAAUGAAGGGAAAAAAUGAUGCAUGAGAAGGCGGAGUUUAGAUGAGUUGUAUUUAGGAAUGGAAUUGAUGGCGUUUCACGG